AUGGCUGAGUCUAGUUUCCCUUUACCGCCAGAAGCGAUUUGCCCUCUUUGUGAGGAUGGACAAAGAGACCCGGUCACCAUCCCAUGUGGGGACACUUACUGUUUGGAAUGUAUCAAGAUUUACUGGGAUCAGUUUGACCACAUGGGAGUGUACAGCUGCCCCCAGUGUAGAGCCACCUUCACGCCAAGGCCCGUGCUGAAACGCAAUCUACCGGAAGUCUACUUGGAGCCCCGCCGCUUGUUUCAAGAGCUCAUGCCUUUCCCCUACAUGCACAAGGAGUCCUUUUGUGAUUUCUGCGUGGGUCGGCGCAACAAGGCGGUGAAAUCCUGCCUCGUGUGCCUGGCGUACUAUUGUGAAACGCACGUGAAGCCGCAUUACGAGUCGUCUACCUUCAAGCGGCACAAGUUGGUGGACGAAACUGGCCACCUGGACAGGAAGAUCUGCCCACAGCACGAGAAGGGCUUAGAGCUGUUCUGCCGCUCGGAUCAAAUGUGCAUAUGUGUCUUGUGUACUGUUCGAGAGCACCGCAGCCACAACAUCACCUCUGCAGAGGAGGAACGUAUCGAGAAGCAGAAGGUGCUGGUGGUGACACAGUCUGAGGUUCAACACAUCAUUCAGGACAGGAUGAAAGAGCUACAGGAGCUCAAACACAAUGUGAAUGUUCUCAAAAGCAGUGCCCAGCGAGCCCAGACCGAGAGUGAUAAGACUUUCCACGAGAUGCUGCAGGCGGUGGAGCGCUGGAAGGCUGAAAUCCAUCAGUUGAUUACAGCCAACAUGCAGGCAGCUAUGUCACAAGCUGACGGCUAUGUGGAGCGUCUGGAACAAGAGAUACUCGAGCUGCAGCGAAGAGAUGCUGAGCUGAGGCACAUUCUGGAAACAGAAGACAACAUUCACUUUCUGCAGAAUUUUCCAACCCUGUGUGUUGCCCCGGAAGCCAUGGUACCCAAAGUGCUCAUCAAUCCCCAGUUUGCGUUCAGCGAGAUGAGCAAAACAGCCUCAGAAAUGAAGGAACAUCUGGAUGAUAUCUGUAAAAAUGAACUCAUUAAAAUCUCCAAAACAGUAGGGGAAACACCUGUGUACAUCCUUUUCCCAAGAAAUGGAGACAAACGGCUCACAGUCCCAAACGGAAUGGAUGUCCAGGAGCCAAAAACAAGAUCAGACUUCUUGAAAUACUUCAAGAAGAUGACAUUCGAUCCAAAUACAACCUAUAAGGAGCUGGUCUUGUCAGAUGGGUACCAGAGGGUCACCAGAAAAAAAACAAUUCAGUUUUAUCCCGAUCAUCCCGAGCGCUUCGAUGGCUUCUCCCAAGUGCUGUGCAAGGAGCCGCUUACAGGUUUCAGAUUUUACUGGGAAGCCGAGUGGAGCGGCGAGUUUUCCCUCGGAGUGGCCUAUAAAAGCAUCAGUCGAAAGGGGAAAAACUCUCACAGUCUGCUGGGUUAUAACAGCAAGUCCUGGAGUCUGCUCUGCUCGGACUCCGGAUAUUCUGCCUGGCACAACAAAGCGGACCGUGACCUUGCAGGUGCUCCUCAGGCGUCACGAAUUGGGGUCUACCUGGAUUACGCUGGCAACACUUUGGCAUUUUACGCCGUCUCAGAAAGAAUGGAACUCAUCCAUCGAUUUAAAGCUCAGUUCAGCGAGCCAUUGUACGCAGGCUUUGGUGUGGGCUCCUCAGUUACACUUUCUCAACUUAAACAUAAUCCUACAUCUUAG